CCUAGUCAUUCCUACCGAUAACAAAACUUGCAUAACGUACCUGAUUCUUCUCCUUUUUGGCCCGUAGGUUUCCUUCUCUGAAAUUUCUCUCUUCCGCUCUGCCCUCACAAUCGUCCAGUAAGCCGACUGACGGUGGCGGCCGCCGCACGCAGCUGAAGAAGGAAACCACGGGAGAGUGAAACAAGAAAAAUAUGGCCGCUCCCGAAGCCCCUCUCAACUACGUCGGCGUAGCCAGAAAGUCUGCCGCUCAUGAAACAAAUGGUACUGCUGCUGGGAAGAAGGAGAGGGGCUCGGGAAAGAUAAACAGGGGAUCAAGGGCCACGUUAGAGUCAAGAACAAGCAGGAUACUGCUGCAAGCGGUGCAGAAUACUGGUGAAGCUACUGCAAGAAGUCGUGAAGAAGAGGAUUCUGAGGGUACGGCCGUGGCUACAGAGGUUAGAAAGACUGAGCAAUCGACAAUCCCUGAUGAAUUAGACUCUGUAGAAGAACCAACUUCCCAAAUCUAUAACCCUUCAGAGGCCGAGAUUGAAGAGCCUCCUCCGGACGGGUGGGGCUACAAAAUUGGGUUCGUCUCUGGUGGUCUUCCUGGAGCUCGUUCUACCAAGAAGAAACCAUCCAAAAAAGGAGAUGCUCAAACUCAUAAAAGAGAACUGCUUUCCAUGAAGAAGAUCAAGAGAAUCUCUACAAUCUUGUCCAAAGAAAAUAGCAGGUGUCCGCUUUGAGGGAAAAAAGAAAUCCUUAAGUGACAGCGAGGGUGAUGAUUCUGCUGAUGACGAUGAGGACUCUGCGGAAGAUGACUCCACAGCAGAUGAACAAUGUGAUGAUGAUGAUGAUAAAGAAAUGGAAACUGUUGAUGAUAAGAUUUCUACCGACGACUUGGAUUCCGCAAGGAAAAAGAAACAUGAUGAGAUGGUAUCAGGUGUAGAUGGUGAAGUGCAACCUGGUGAUCCACUUCUUCUCGUGAUCCACUUCUGCUAGACUAUCUUCAACCUGGUGAGUGAGAAGAGGUCAGUCUCAUCGUUACUUUCUAAGGUCUUUGCCCUAGGCAAACUCCUUACUAAACACAUUAUUAGGGGAAUGCCUUCCUUAGACGAAAGACGUUCUCACUUUCAUCCUUUAAACUUUACUAUCAAACAGUCUAUAAGAGAUCUCUACUCCUAUCUUAUCUUUAGAAUUCUCUUACUUAUAUUCUUAAUCCAUAGACACCAACACAAGGGACCAUCGCGUUACGUCUCGCCGUCCGGUGUCCCUACCCUAGUAUGCCAAUCACGUUACGCCUCGCCGUCCGGUUGCGUACCCAAACUCGGCAAUAGCACUGCGUUACGUCUUGUCGUCCAGUCCAUGCCCGUCAACUACUGCGUUACGUCUCGCCGUCCAGUAGUGACCCAACCGCCUAGGGGUUCCUCAUACCAUCAAUCCAUACAACAUCACAUAAAUUCAUACAUAGCACAACGCGUGCCUUCACCCUUACAGGCGGUGGGAUGCCUCACACACAUAUCGCGCACACUAGAAAAAUUAACUAACUAAUAACUUGAACGAAAAGCGGAAACUAAAAAACCUACGACAGAGAUUUUACCCACAUUACACUCACCUCUUUAGUCGCAUCAACGUCUGCAUUCUCACGCUCAAGCCCCGCGCGUUUUUCCUCUUUUGGCUCCUCCUCUAUUGGUUCAUCGUCUUCCUCUUCAACCACCCUAACCAUUGGAGCUCCGCCGCCAUUCUCUUCAAGGUCCCUCCUCGGGGCACAAUUCAGUGGCCAACUUCGAAAUGCCGACACCCCGGGUCGUCUAGGAGGAUAGGGUCGGGGCCUCUCCAUCACUUUACCCCCGCCAGUUGCGAUCACCGAUGUCGAGUUCUCGGCCUUCCCUCCGCCUCUAAUAGAUGCGGCUCUUCCCGUCUUACUAAUCGGUGUGAACCUCUUCAUCACGCGAGACUACGAAGUUCGAUCGGCUGCUAACUUUCUCGCCUUCUU